CCGGGGUAGGGAGGGGUGCGUAUUCUCGACAAAUGGCGGUAGUCCUGAAGGAAGGCAGGCGAGAAUAACCGAGGCAACCUGUCUGCGAGUAGGGAGGGGCAAUUAUGAAUGAAGAGCACUUUGUAAACAUUGACUUAAAUGAUGACAACAUUUGCAGUAUUUGUAAACUGGGAACAGAUAAAGAAACACUUUCCUUCUGCCACCUUUGUUUUGAGCUAAAUAUCGAAGGAGUACCAAAAUCUAAUCUCUUGCAUACCAGAUCAUUAAGGGGCCACAAAGAGUGCUUUGAAAAAUUCCAUUUGAUAGCCAACCAGGACUGUCCUCGAUCUAAACUCUCCAAAAGUACUUAUGAAGAAGUCAAAACUAUAUUUAGUAAAAAGAUAAAUUGGAUUAUACGGCAUGCCCAGAAUAAGGACGUAGAGUCGGAUCCUGAUUGUUCCAAAACUUCCCAGCACCCACUUUUAAAUUUUAGACAUAAGUCGGAUAGAAAGUUAUUACCACAGUUGGAUUCCCAAGUACCAAAGUAUUCUGCUAAAUGGAUAGAUGGAACAACAGUGAACAUCUCAAACCAUGCACAAAGAAUUUUGGAGCAGAGCGAAUCUGCAAGCUUCGGGCUUGAUAUGUUGCAAGAUUCAAGUGCCCCUUUCUGCUAUAAUAGUGUUUUGUGGUCUCAUCGCCAGCAAACUCAGAAAAAAGAAGCUUCUGUUUCAGACAUUGGUGACCAGAGACAACACACUUAUUAUACAAGAGAACAAUUGAGUUCAAUGAGUCUUGGUGAAGUAGAGCAGCUGAAUGAAAAGCUUCACCAACAAAUCCAAGAAAUUUUUGAGCAACUGACACACCAAGUACAAGAAAAGGAUUCUUUGGCUUCAGAACUCCAUGUACGACAUAUUGCCAUCGAACAACUACUUAAGAAUCAUUCCAAGUUGCCAUGUCUUCAAGCGGGGAGACAAGGAAUGAAGUGUAACCUUUCCAUAAAUAACUGAACAAGACUCAGACCUAAUUAAUUCUGUCGAUUCAUUGGUCAAUUGUGCAGACUUCUAAUAAGUAUGUUGGAAAGUUGUGGCAUCCUUUUGAAAACAUUUGGAAUCUUUUCAACAGCAUUCAAUCUAUUUUAAAUACAGUUUUAAAAUAUUUUUUCUCCUCAUUUACAUGUAAAAACAAUUUUCAACAUUUGGUUUUGUUUUGUUU